AUGGAGCUGGAUGGGGUUGCUAUCCCUUACACUGCAUCGGUCCGAGAAUACAAUAGAGGUCGAGCAGGAUACAUAGCUGAGGCCCUGGAGCAGCCAGUACUCCUUCCUCGGGACAUGGAGGCUUACAGGCGAUUCUCCCAGCCUGAGCUCUUUUUGUCCCUCAAGAGGGACCUUGCAAUGGUGUUUGUGGCCGAGGAAUACUGCUACGACAACCGCAAACUAGCUGAAGCUGAGGCUCAGUCUCGUGCCGAGGUUGAGAAGUUUGUAGAGUCCUUUAAGCAGGAGAACUUUGAACUUACGGAGAAGUUCAAAGAGUCGAAGAAAGCCCGCAAGAGCGCCUUAGCCGGGCUAAAGAACGCCGAAACUCAAGCUGAGGACCAGCGCCAAAAGUUAUUUGUGACCGAGACCAGCCUUGCAACUGAAAAGCAGACAGUGCUGGAUCUCAAGGCCACGCUACAAAAAGCUGAGGAGGAAGUCCGGCGGGCUAAAGAAGAGGCUCAGCUGAUUCGGGAGGCUCACAGGCGAUUCUCCCAGCCCGAGCUCUUUUUGUCCCUCAAGAGGGACCUUGCAAUGGUGUUCGUGGCCGAGGAAUAUUGCCGCGACAACCGCAAACUAGCUGAAGCUGAGGCUCAGUCUCGUGCCGAGGUUGAGAAGUCUGUAGGGUCCCUUAAGCAGGAGAACUUUGAACUUAUGGAGAAGUUCAAAGAGUCGGAGAAAGCCCGCAAGAGCGCCUUAGCCGGGCUAAAGAACGCCGAAACUCAAGCUAAGGACCAGCGCCAAAAGUUAUUUGAGGAAGUCCGGCGGGCUAAAGAAGAGGCUCAGCUGAUUCGAGAGGCUGCCGAGGCUAAAAAGAAAACUGCUUAUCAGCUCGGGGUUGGAGAAACUGAAGCCAGGCUCUCCGAGGAAAUUCCGGAGGUAUGUAGGGAUUAUUGUAGCAUCUCAUGGGCUCAUGCCCUUGAUGCUGCAGGAAUUCCUGCAGACUCGGCGCUGAGGAUGCCUGGGAGUGUGUUCUUUCCGCCGGAGAUCCGAGAGAAUCCUGAUGGCGCUCCUGAAGCUUCUGAGCAGGCUAUGACUAUUCUUGAUACCAUCCCUUUGCUUGAUAAAGCCAAGAAUCCUGCCAAGGAGUCUAUCUCCGAGGUUCCUCCUCCUCAGCCAGAGCAGAAAGAGAAUCCUCCUGCUGAGGCUUAG